CUGGAAUGAAGAUUAGGAAGCAAAAUAUCGUAACAUCUAUUAUAAAACGAAUAUGUUAAACAGCAUAUUCACGAUCCACUUUAUUGCUUAAACAGAACCACUUAGUUUAAAAAAUUUAAAGUUUGAGUUAAAAAUUGUUUACCACUUUGCCAGCUCAGUAAAGUUUUAUUGGGAAUUGAAAGUCGUAUUAUGCAAACUGCUUUGUAAGGUCAUUAGUAUACCGUUUUGUCUGAAUUGUCCGCGCUCUAUUUCACGUAGAUCAUGAGCUAUCACUCGUGAUGGGUCUUGAGGAAAGCAAAAUUGGUCAAACAAACAAAGCUAACUGUAGCACACCAAAUUUGUGUUUCUUUGCUCCUGUUUCACCUGGAAGAAUAAUUCACCAAUGCACUCUGGAGUUAUGGAAAAGAUCUCACCGGGGUAACGUGAUAUAUAUUUUACUCAUAAGGCAUGUUUAGAACUUUUCAACUUCUCAGACAAGGUGAUGGUGUGUACCUAUCAACUGCCUCAUGAUUGCACAUCGGCAUUUUGUCUAACUAGGCAAAAUAUUGUGAAUUUUCGAAAAUCGUGUUCUGUUUUCUCAUUGAGAAAACGAAGAGAAUAUACAAAAAUGGCUGAACAUUUCGAGUAUAAUCACAUACCUGCUCAUUUAUCUUCCAUACAGAAUUUACACUUCAAAUCGGUGUUAGACAUUCACAGUGGAUUGGCAGUUGUUCAUUUGGCACGAGAUAUGAUAACUCAGUUUGCAUUAGUUGAUUUAAGGAUUAAUAAAUUCCUUGGUUCUUUUGGUCGGCAAACGGUUCUCUUUAGCCCUGAAUCAACCAUAGGAAAAAUAUCACCCGAUGGAACUUAUUGUUUAAUUAGACUCCCUUGGUCGAGAAAUAGGAGAGUUUAUAUACUCAAGCUGUACAACUUACGAAAUAGUGAACUUAUUUCUGAACUUCCAUUAGCUAAUUCUUCUAAUUACGAUGAAGUGCCAUUAAACAGUUUCCGUCUGCCAUUAGGCCCAUAUCAGGAAAAUAAUAGAGAGUCAAAUAUUCGGCCGUCGUACGAUAUUUUAUCAACAUCCAACUCAGUAACUGCAAAAUUUAGAGGGAAUGUACAAAAUGAGAAUCAACUUCAACUAGGUCCAGCUCGUUCUUCUCAGGUGUUGUUUGCUUUUGAUCCACGAUUUGUAAAUUCACGCAUAGCAAUAACUAACGUGGACUUUCCACAUGGACCAAACUCUCACAAAGUGUCUUCCAACUGGGUCCCAGGAAUACAGGCUACUAUAAGUUUGGUAAAACUUCCAACAUGGGAGUGUUUAACAUCAACUAACAAACUUUGUUCUUGGUCUCCUUCAAAUCGUCACGGUUCACCUUUUAUAAACAAUGCUACGUGUAGAGAACCGACAAGAAGAAGACGAUCAUCAGAUGCUAACCAUGUAGGUGGUUUACCCAGUCCGAACUCAUUCAGUCAUGUUUUUCCACAUAUUAUGAGCAUAUUUUAUUCAAGAGAUGGCUAUUUUUUAUUUACAAUCACCACAGAGUCUCGAACCUGUCGAUGUUCUGCCAUUGGUAAUAUUAACCAUUCUGUGAAUUCUUUAUUACCAGAUGUAUCUGGUUACUCAGAUGAUAUUUGCAACCCCUUAAGUUCAGGCCGACCAACAAACAACGGAACUGAAAGUGGUCGAACUCAGCAAAAGAACUUGGUUUCAACACAGUGUAUUGAAUCAAAUACACGUUACAAUCCAAAAAAUAAUAGUACAUCCCCAAUGUUGGCUCCCACACUGCCUGGUUGCACCACUUUGUGGCUUACUAUUUUCAAUUCUGAUACAUUAGAAAGGUUAAGAAUUUUGAGAUUUGAUCGAUCAGUAUGCCCAAUUCACACAUGUCCUACCAAUUACCUACCCGUAAUGAGCCGUUGUGGAUCAAGGAUAGCUUUAAUUACACGACAAGCAGUGGGAUAUUAUAAUAGUACUAGUAAUCAGAACGCCAGUAAUAAUUCACGUGAAUACCUGUUUUCCAGCUGUAAGACGCUUCCUGUAUCUUUAAGGCACUCCGUUCCAUCUAUAAGUGUAGAAGGCUGUUCUAAUUCACAAUGCGUGAUUAACAAAAGUGCUAGUCAAGAAACCAGCAAAGAAAAUUCUACAAAACGCACUGAAUUCAAGAAGCAACAACCGUUUAUAUCUCCAGCCUGUUUGCUUAUUCAACCAAGAAACCUUAAUUUGAGUCAUCAUCUAUCUACAUCAUUACCAUCUCCAUUGUCAAAAGUUCACUUGUCUUCCGGAAGUUCACCAUUUCGACAAAUGACUGGUUGUUCAAGUUUAGAGUUAAGUGUUUCUUCCUAUCGUCCAAUGGCUGUUUCCUUUGAAUCUUCUUUUAUUGGAACUCAGUGUAAUUCCUCAAGUAGUUGUACUGCCACAGUAUCCACACGUACCAGUAAUAGUAGUGGUGUUGUUGUUACUUCUGCUGGUACUUCAGUGGUAAAUUCAACGGUACAAAUUGAUGUGCUUCUGGUUUAUCAACUACCUCCGCCACCAAAACUACAGGCAUUAGUGAGACAACGAAUUCGUCAACUCUGCAAAGAUGAAUACCUUGAACAGUUAGAUCUUCCACGUAGAAUUAUUAGCUAUUUACAAUUUGAACCAUCGUACAAUUGUGCUGGCUCAUGUAUUUCUCGAUCGAACAGUUCUACUAGAACAGUACGAAGUGAUAGUUUUGACCUGUGAUAAAGAUUUAUGCGCAUAUAUUUAUAUUUAUGUAUCUAAUUUAUUUCUUACUAUUUUGUUCAGUAUUUUUAUUUAUAAGUAACAUUUAAUUCCUAAUUGUCAUCUUUAAUUUACUGACAUUUGACAGCCUUUGAUCUUUAUUGUUAAAACUCUCAUUCUAUGUAUAUUGUGAACUAUGUGUUGAAAUUUACAGAUUGACAAUUUAUAUCCUGCAAUUUCAAUAGGUGAAAUUUAGUAAAUUCCAGUAUUGAUUUUCGUAAUUUGACUUAUCCUUGACUUAUUCUUGAUAUUCAUAUUUAUCCUUAGCAUUUAUCAAUGAAAAAGGUACACGGUUUUUGUACGAUUGAUUUUUCCAUCAAUAAAUGGAUGGUGCUCUAAACUUAUUAAGAAUACAACAAGAGAGUAAAAAUUGUAUUAUUAUUAUUUAUAUGACUUGAAAGAAAGGAUUUUUAGUGUUUUAUACUAAGCUCCACGAAACAAUAAAGUUUUUCAUGAAGAAUUUGUAAUUUAACAGUUUGACAUAAUAUAAUUAUUGGUUCUUCAUAUAUAUUCAUCUGUAUGUAUGCAACACAAUGAUACUGUGCUACAUCUUGUCGUGUAAUUCUUUAAUAUGAUUUCGUCACAUUUUUGUGCUUUCCUUGUUGAUCUAAACAAAAGUUUAUGUUAUGCAAUAGCUUUGAAGAACUUCAGCAAAACAAUCUGAUGUAUAUCUAUCUAUUUACAUAUAUAUAUAUCUCUCUCUCUCCAUAUAUAUGUCAGGUUUACUUAUUUAUUUAUCUCUUUUAAUCGGUUAAAUCUUAUUAUUCGUUUUUUCUUUCUUAUCAUUUCAUACUAGGCAUUGUUCUCUUAUUUACAUUAAACAUAAUCAAUUUCUCAUAAUGGUAACAAUUAAUUUAUUACCUUUCUUUUUAUGAUUAAAUAUUUGCUGCAAUUAUUGUAUAAACAUUGGUGUAACUGGUGAUGUUCAUCUUUCUUGAUUCCCUCUCUGUCUCUAUUUUUCAUGGCUUUUUCAUUUGAUGAUGAUUCCUUUGUUUGACACACACACACAUACAACAAAAAAGCAAAACUGAAUCUACAUUUCAUCUAAAUGUACAGAUAUAUACAAAUGUCAAAUUAAUGAUUUCCUUUUCAUUUAUUUUUCUAUUAUUUCAUAUUUAUGAACUUUGACAUUAAUUUUUUAAAAAUUAUUAUUACUAUUAUCAUUAUUAUUAUUACAUAAUCAUUAUUCUUUCUAUAAACUAGACUAUAUUAGGUUAAUAUAUGUAUGUAAAUUCAUUGAACAUAAUAAAAUUAAAUUAUGCUUUUUAUGGUUAUCAACUAAAAUGAAUUCAUGUAGAACAUUCAGUUUUUGUUAGGUUUCAGUUUAAUUUAAUCAGAGAUAAAUACAUUAUGUAUUGUGGGUAUAAGUAUAUGGAGUAAUGUGUCUAUAAGAGAAUUUUGAAGAGAGAACAGUUAGAGAGAAACAUGAGCUAACAAUUCAAGAGAUUAGUAACAAUUAAUAUUAUUACAAGCGUGUUUUCUUUGGUAUUGUGAAUUAUUGUCCAGUUAUUUGAUUGUUAUUAUUAUUAUUAUCGGUAUCAGUGGUGGGUAUAGAUUUGUAUUGAAUGUGAUGAAUGCUAUGGUAACUCCGCCUGCAGACCCUCUGGGGCUACUGCCGGUCCAAAGCCUGGAUAAAGGGUGAGGGUUGGGCAUGGGGUUAGCAGACCAAUCCCAUAGAAAAUUAACUCGCUAAAAAACGUUAACCAAAUGCCCUGGUAUGGCCGAGAGUGGGAAGACUCAACUCUCCCUAUCCAAAUUCUCUCACAUGGCCACGCAUAUACAACUACUGUCAGCGAAAGUCCUAAUUAACAUUUUUAAAAAUCCUAACCAUCAGCUUAUUUCAAUGAAAUUCGAUCAAUAUGAGGUAGGUGGCAUCUGUGAAGAUUGUUUAAUGUUACUGAGAUCACGGAUCUACCUAAGUUAGAUAACCAUUAAAGAAAAGGUAUUUGAUCAGAUUGAUUAUAGAAUAAACAAUUUCCUUAUCUAUCUUUCUUCGAAUCUAUUUAUAAUGAAUAUGUUUUACCAUUCCAUUUGUUUUGUCUUUUAUUUUCUUUCUUCUUUUUUCUUCUUUUCUUUGUCUGAAUUAUUUCAAUUUCAUACCCAUUUUUUUCUCUUUUUCUCUUUGUCUGUUUUGUCUCUCUUACUCCCUCCCUCCCUUCUCCCCUCUCUCUCUAUUUCUUUCGCUCUAGUGAUAACACCAUGUACACAGAUUCAUUUAUAUCCAACACAUGUCUAUCUAACUAUUUAUCUUUUUGUCUAUCCAUUUGUAUCUAUGGCUUUGUUAAUCAUGACAAAAAAAGAAAGAAGAAAAUAAUUUAAAGCGCCGUUUAUUCUGCUUCUAGGUUAAUUAGUUUUAAAUUUUUUUAUUUUUACUUUUAAAAAAAGUAAUUUACCUUGAUUUCAAUUAUAUGAUAGAACAAAAUAAAUGUUAAUUAUUAUC